AUGAGGUUAGCUGAUUAUUGCUCACGUUAGCUCAGAUUACGUAACCUUAUUAUGCACAAAUCCAAUAGUGCCCGCAUUUGUUCUCGGCCUACAAACCAUGAAUUGAAUCUCACUAAUCCCAUCAUUUUCAUCUUUCCUCUGUCGUUUUUUUGCUGUUUAUUUUGAAUUUCACGAGUUUUUUGAGACUUUAUAUUGAUUUCUAAUGUUCGAGAUUACUCAUGCAUAAAGUUUGAGAGAUGAAAGUCUUAUGCCGUGUUCAAAAUAAUUUCCGCGAAAUGCAAAAUGGUCUCUGACCCUCCAAAAUUUAGUUAUCUUUCUCUUUCUCUGACAGCUAUUUUGAAUUUCGCGGAAUCACUCUGAACACGGCAUUAAAAAUUGAAAUUUCUCCUUAAAAGAUCCUUGACGCCCCAAAAAGCGUAUUUUCAAAAUUUCACACUUCUUAUAUAGUCAAUUUUUCUCGACUUGAAAGGCGAGGGAGGCGGAGAAGUGGGCGGGACGCGUAGCGUGCGCGUCCGCGGUUCUUGGCACGAGUUCAAUUCAAGCGCAGGCCACUGUUUGGAGAACUCGUUUAUCGUUCUCUUCGUGUCUUUUUAAUUUCGUUAUUGACUUUUUCAUUUUUGCCUUGAAAAAAUAGUAGAUUAGAUACAAAAAGAGCGGUGAGCUUUUUAAAUAGUCGGUGGCGCUUUAAUUGGAUUCGUUCCAAGAACCGCAUACGCGCACGCUACGCGUCCCGACCGCUUCUCCGCCUCCCUCGCCUUUCAAGUCAGGAUGGAUUGACUAUAACACAAAUAAUUCGAAAAAAAUGUCACCAUUUUUCAGCCGAGGCGAAGUUUUCAACGCGAAAAACGAAGGCCAUCACGAAUUUCGCGCCAGUCGUCAUCUGGGGUUUCGUCUUGUAAUUCUUCGUUUCGAAGCCAUUCUGAAGAGAAUAAAUGUGGGUUUCGCAUAUUUUUCCGUUUAAGUUCAAAAAAAAAAAAUUAAUUUUUAAGUUAACGUUUAUGACGUGUUCAUCGCUGAAACGAGGCAUGUUUCAAAACGCAAAAGGGUGUUCAUCAUAGUUGCUCCAAGACAGUAUUAAAUUUUGUUUUGGAGCAUUUUUUUUGCGUUUUGGAACAAUUUUCGUUUUGUCCAAUGAACAAGCCAUUAAAAGAAUCGGUAUUUAAAAUCAAAUAUUUUGCACUACUCAUCAAGUUUCUCGGAUCUUAUCACACUCCUAAACAAUAUUUUAAAAUAAAAUAUCGAUUUCUUUAAUGAAAACUCUUUACAAAGUCAAAGUACCUGCCACGCCUGUUUAAAGCGACCGGCCGUAUUACGGUAGUGAGGAUAAUUUUUCGGUAAUAAAAUGAAAGUUUUUUGUGAUGUGACUUGUCUUGUAAUCUCGAGAAAUAGUUAUACAGUACCGCUCAAAAGUGUAUUAAGUUUUUGUUUUUUGAAGAUAUCUCAGCGAGUACUCAUCCGAUUUAUAUAUAACUUUCAGGGAUAAUGUAAAAAUAUACUUUGAAACAUAUACGGUAUACAAAGACAUGUCCGCAAUCACUGUAACGCGUUAUAGGCAUUUUUUUAUUGAAUUCAAUUUUUUUGUUUUUUUAUGCUUUUAUUUUUUUAUUUAUUUUUUUAUAAUAAUUUAAUAAAAGUAUAAAAAAACAAAAAUUGAAUUCGAUAAAAAAAUUCCUAAAAGCGCGUUACAGUGAUUGCGGACAUGUCUUUGUAUACCGUAUGUGUUUCAAAGUAUAUUUUACAUUAUCCCUGAAAGUUAUAUAUAAAUCGGAUAAGUACUCGCUGAGAUAUCCUCAAAAAACCAAAACUUAAUACACUUUUGAGCGGUACUGUAAAUACGGCUUUCGAAAAAGAAAAAACAUCAGAAAUUUUUGUUGGCUCCGAAACUGACGACGCAGUAUUGACCGGCCGCCGUAGUACUGUCUACAUGCGUGGAAAUUUCAGCCAAACCGAUGCAUGAAGACACGAAAAAGUUUGUUCCAGUUCAGUCCGCAGCACAGUACACCUACAGUAAUCCAGUGGCUCUCGAAGCUGUUGAGCCGCCUAGAAGGUUUCCUCAAAUUCACUGAAAAAUAAAAGGUGUCAUCGGAAAAAUAAAACUUGAAUCCAAAAAAAGUACGAAAAUUAAAACGAUAAGGACAUCAAUAUUUUACACGCUUAACUGAACUGUUUUUUCUUAAAGUAUAUGAGUUGACGAGAGAAUUUGUAAAUUGCGCAUUUUAAAAAGGUGUCAAAAGUUUCUCGGAAUCUCCUUUUUUCCACCUUUUUCCCGCUUUAUUUUUUUAAGACUCCUUAAAAGGUCCUUUUCAGAAAAAGAUCUAGAAAAGAAGACGCCUUUGAGGCCUUUUUUUCCGAAAGUCUUGUUUGAGACCUUUUGGACUUGGCUCAUUCUCUCUUUCGGUUUUUUUUUUAAUGUUUUGAAAGCCAUUUUUGUUGCGUUCCGAAAAACUUACAUUUUUUUGCUGUUUUACUUGAAACCUUCUAUUGCUACGCUUUACUAUUUCUAUAUAAACGUCUUGUUUUGAUACUAAAUUGAUGUAGAAUAGCGUUCCAAUGAAAAAAAAGUAAGGAAAGUGGAAGAUUAGAAAAAAUCGUUUAAAAAGCUCCUUUCUUUAAAAAAAUUGAUGAAACAGGUGGUUUCAAUGAUUAUUUUCGAAAUUUCAGCCGGAACCUGAGACUUUCUGGUAUUUUGAAAGUCAACGAUGAUUUGAGUCUUAAAUUGGAUUCCAGUCGAGCUCAGAAGAAUGUCGCUGCGGUGGCUGUCGAGUUUGUCAAGGGGAAAUUGAGGUUUGGAUUUUUUUGAUGAUUUUAAAAUGGAAAAUGAUGUCCUCAGAUUUUCGUAGCUAAAAAGAAACAAAAAGUUUAUGAUUUUCAAAAAGCUUGAUCCGCUUUUCCUUGUAAAAUUUCUAAUUUUCAACCAAUUGCUGAAUAAUAUUUCCAGCCUUCUCAGCUUGUUCAAGGCUCUUUUCGAUGGGUCAAGGUACAAUAAUUCAUGAGUUCGCUUGAGAUUGAAUGAGAUAUAAUUAUUUUGGUGAUCUUUAAAAAAUUUCCUUCAAUUAAAAAAAUAUGAAAUUUUCUGCUUUAUCCACCGAGCACAUAUUCCCAGUUUUUUCGCGGCGAUUUUCCCAAUUCAUUUAUCUUUUUUCAUCUUCCGUAAAAAUAAACUUUGAAAAAAAUGUCAAAGAAAACCUGAAUGGUGAGAAAAGAAAUGCGGCAAAACAACUGGUUCUGUUCGCUCGCUCUCUCUGGCACCCUCCACCCUACGACACACUGUUUCCCUCCGAAAGUUCCCUUAAAUGGUCACUCUGUCGCCGUUCUCUUCGGUUGAAGAUCGUCGACGGUCCCGCCACAUUGAUUCGUCGCCUCGAUAACCUCGUUUCCCACGAAUUCGCCUCUCUGAAACUUGCAAAAUUUCUGCGAUAUCGUUCCGAGAUGUCGCCGCCGCCCUCCGCAAGUUUGUUUUUCAUUUCUGGCGUCUUUUGGAGUCUUUUUCUCUGUUGGACGAUGCCGUGUUCAAAGUGAUUCGGCUAAGUUCAAAAUAGCCGACCCAGAUCGAGAAAGAUAACUAAAGUCUUGUUGUCUUGGAGCCUUAUCAGAGAUAAUUUUGAACACGGCAUGAGAAAUUUGUUUUUUCAUUAUUUUUGUAAAGAAUUUGAUAAUUCUUUUUGGUUUUUUAUGGGAUGAUGGGUAUGCUAUACAAGCUUUUGAUCGCAAGUCGGAUGUAACUUUUUGCGCCGGACUCAAACCGACUUGCGCGUGGGGCAUUGAAAUCAUAAGUCACCUCACUUGUGAAUGGUGAUUAACCGCUUUUUUCCCUGAAGUUCUCUUUUUUAUUGUUUCCAACCCUGUUCAACAUUCCAAUAAUCAUUGAUUGAUUCUUUUCACACACGAUUCUCUCCCCAAACAGCCACCCGAGACAACUUGUUUCAAUUGUUCUUCUCUUUCUAUUUGUUUGUUUUUUCAUGUUCUUCAACGAGAAAAACAUCAUUGUUCUCCUUUGUAACAUUUUUGGACAUACAGUUUGAAAAUUUUCAACUUUUUUGUGCUGUUCAAGAUCGGUAAAAGUAAAAAUUAAAUUUUUGAUAUUUCUGUCCCGAAAUUCAUACAUUUGUUGUAUUAUUCCAGUUCAAAACCGUGAUUUUGGGCGACUAUUCGAAUUUUCAGAAGGGAAAGUGAAUUUCAUAUCCCUUGAUUUAUGGUUCUCAAAAAAAAAUUUGAAUAAAAAAUUCAAAACGAUCAGUUGAUGAUCAAUAAAAAUAUGGAAAUAAAGAGGGGAAACGUGCCGAAAAAUCAUUCCCAUUUCUGAAAAAUUUCUCUUUUUUUCUGGUAGAGAAACUGAAAUAUUUUUUUCUUUAUUCUUAGAAUGGAGUUUCGAAGAAAAAGCAUUACUGUUCCAGGAAACUCAUUAAUAAAGUUAAUUUUCGUAAAUACAUAAUAAAUAUGUGUUCACGGAAGUAUUUUUUUCAAUUUUCAUGUCUUUCAUGUUUAUAUAACAAUGAUUAUUUCUGUAGAACCAUUGAAUGAUGUCAUAAAAUAAUUAACCUCGCUUUAAAACCUAAUUUCGAAAAAAAAAAUCUAGGGUGGUAAAAGCACCAAUGACGUCACCGACCUUCUUACUGUUUAUUUAUUUACCCGAUGACGUCAUCCUUUUGCUCAUCUCGUGACGUCAUUCCUUGCAGAAAGCUACCAGUGAUGGUGCCGUCGCGUGGCGGCGACGACGUCGACGAGAAGCCGUUGUCGCCGAAGACGCCCAACGAUGACGUCAUCACCGUCGCCUCGACGUCAUCUGCUGGCGAAUCUCUGAAUGAACCCAAGACGACGGAAGAAACUGCUAAUGGGAGUGGGUUUUUCGUUUUUUCAUCAUUAAAGUUCUUAGUUUUGUGACGAAUGAAAUGUGCUUCAUAUAAAAAUUUAUUCAUUUAAAAAUAAGCUCUGAUUUUCUGAAUGACGUUACCAAUUAUUAACAGAUUUUUUGGCUGGAAAUUUUCCUGAUGUGAGCUGUAAAUUAGUUCAAUUCACCUCAAGUGAAUCCUCAGGGUUAAAUUUCAGAAGUAAGAACACUUGCAACAGGUGAUCAGCUAAGAGUCGGUUGAAAUGAAAAAAAGUUGAGUGGGAACUUGAAAAAGGCUUUUUAAGCGACCACUCCCCAGUGAGCUCUCUUGAAAACGUAUGACGUCAUUUUUUUUUGGUCAGAAUGAUGUAAUAGGAAGGUUAAGUUGAGAGAAGUUGAAGAAUACAAGCUUAGUUCGAAAUUAAUGACGUCAUAAAGAAGUUUUGGAUUUGGAAAUAAGGAAAUUUUUCCAAAUCAGCGUCUUCAGAAUUUAUUAUCAAAAGGAAUAUAUCUAUCUUUUACAUCUUUAUAGUCUUAUAGAGGCGCAGAAGAUCCCUGAAGCGAUCACUUCUCCAAAGUAAAAACAGAAUAAAAGAUGAAACUUCCUUAAGUGAUCACUUUUCAGAGUCAAAACAAAAAAAAGAAGCCAAGAAGGCGGAGACGUCGCUGUACCGACCGACGCCGCCGUUCAGCUGCAAGCCAGCCUACGCGCUGAUCCUGAUGAGCCUGACGGUGGUGUUGAUCGUGGCCGCCGUCACGGUCGUCUACGACUACCAGCCGGCCUUUCUCUUCGGCCGCAACAACGACACGAAGAUCCAUCCGAGGUCCGGCAAGAUUGGCGCCGUCGUGGAGGACGCCUUGGAGACGAAUCGAGCCACUUGA